AUGCAGACAGUCCCUGUUUACAAACAAGCUCUGCUUCUAAUUUUUAAGUUGAAGUUGCAGCAACUCAAGCCAGAGGUCACAACCUCCAUAAAUUUCCCCGGGCAGAAGCCUGGAAAGAAGUUUCUUCAGCAGCUGGACGGCCCCUGGCGGCCUCUUCCACGCCCUCAGCGCUCGGCUCCCGUGCAUCACGAGUGGUCCCGUCGCCUUGGAAGUUUUCCCCGCGAGUGGCCUGGGAGGCUCAGCACAGUUGACCUUGAACCCCUCACUUCCCCCGCGGACGGCACGGCCAUGGGCUCCCUGUUUCCACCAGGGCCCAGCAGGGGGCGGAGUGCUCUGCGCACGUGGGCCUCGGGGGGCUGCGCGGAGGAAGCGGCCCGAGCCGGAGGGGGCGGGGCCUGGAGCGCGGAGGGCCGGGGCGCCGGCGCCGCCGCGGUGCCCGAGACGUGCGAGCACCUCUUCAAGGUGCUGGUCAUCGGCGAGCUGGGCGUGGGCAAGACCAGCAUCAUCAAGCGCUAUGUCCACCAGCUCUUCUCGCAGCACUACCGCGCCACCAUCGGCGUGGACUUCGCGCUCAAGGUCCUCAACUGGGACAGCAAGACGCUGGUGCGCCUGCAGCUGUGGGACAUCGCCGGACAGGAACGGUUUGGCAACAUGACUCGAGUAUAUUAUAAAGAAGCUGUUGGUGCUUUUGUAGUCUUUGACAUAUCAAGAGGGUCUACAUUUGAAGCAGUCUUAAAAUGGAAAAGUGAUCUGGACAGUAAAGUGCAUCUUCCAAAUGGUAGCCCCAUCCCUGCUGUCCUGCUAGCCAACAAGUGUGACCAGAAGAACGAUGAUGGUCAUAGCCCGUCCCAGAUGGACCAGUUCUGCAAGGAACAUGGCUUCAGUGGGUGGUUUGAAACCUCAGCAAAGGACAAUAUCAACAUAGAUGAAGCCGCCCGAUUCCUGGUAGAGAAUAUUCUUGCAAACCACCAAAGCAUUCCUAAUGAAGAAAAUGAUGUGGAUAAAAUUAAACUGGAUCAGGACACGUUGAGAGCAGAGAGCAGAUCCCAGUGUUGCUAA